GGCCUCGCAAGUCUAUAUUCUUACUUCUAGAAUCCUAACCUACUUAUACCUGGUUGAGCAGUUAGUAGGUCAUCCUCGGUCACUCACAUCCAGCUGGGAGUCGAGCAGACGGGAACUGCGCCACUAGCCUGCUGGCCUCGUACUGUAGACCAAUGCCCUGUUCCAACCAACCUCAGGACCUCAAGAAUACCACGUCUGCGACAUCGCCAAACCACAAGCAAACUCUGCUCUUGUUCCUGAUAGAACGUACAGGCGGUGGCGCCUCAACCCAAGAGUAAAGAGAGAUAUUUAAUGACAAUUGAGGUGCGACAGGACCCUCAGCCUCGGCCUCACAUCCCCCUCCACCACAUCUCCUCUUGCCAAAAUGGCCGAUGACAACAAUCCCGACAGAUUGCUCUCGGACCCCCUUGAAUUUGCCAGUCAACAGCGCGGAAGGGCCGGUAGUAUGUCGCUUGGAGCAGCUCCGAAUGCCAAUGGUGACGAUGUUUCUUCUGUGAACAAUGGCGAGUCGAUGACAACUGCUGCGCCUCCACCUAUCCAGCCCAACCUAAAUGCGAAGGCCGUCCGCGAUGUUGUCAAUUCUGAAAUUGGAGUUUCCACCUUACUGAAUCGUCUAAAGCAGAGCAUAGCAUCGGCAAAGGAAUUCGCGACCUUUCUUAAGAAACGGUCCACAUUAGAAGAAGAGCAUUCGAAUGGACUCAAAAAACUUUGUCGAAUAACGGCCGAGAAUAUCAGGAGACCGGAGCAUCGGCAUGGCUCCUUUCUACAGUCUUACGAGGAAGUUACGAAUAUCCACGAACGAAUGUCGGACAAUGGAGCACAGUUCGCGACGUCGCUACACCAGAUGCACGAAGACCUUCUGGAGAUCGCGUCGAGUAUAGAGCGUGGGCGAAAGCACUGGAAGGCGACCGGGCUCACUGCAGAGCAGCGAGUGGCCGAUUCGGAGGCAGCUAUGAGAAAGUCCAAAGCUAAGUAUGAUUCGUUGGCAGAAGAUUAUGAUCGAGCAAAGACUGGAGAUCGCCAACAAGGCAAGAAAUUUGGUCUGAAAGGCCCCAAAUCAGCUCAGCAACAUGAGGAAGACCUCCUGAGGAAGUUGCGAGCUGCCGAUGAAGAUUAUGCGGCAAAAGUACAAGCAGCACAGAGUCAAAAGGCGGAACUUCUGUCCAAGACGAGACCCGAUGCUGUCCAGGCCCUCGAGGAUCUGAUCAAGGAAUGCGAUUCGGCAUUAACACUGCAGAUGCAGAAAUUUGCAUCUUUCAACGAAAAGCUCCUUCUGAGUAACGGACUCAACGUCAGCCCGUCGAAGAGCAACGAGACUGCAAACCAAUCCCGUAGUCUACGUGAAGCUGUGUAUGCUAUCAACAACGAGAGAGAUCUUAGUAACUACAUCAGUAGUUUCGCCAACAAAGUCCCUGCCCGCACUUCAGAAAUCAAGUAUGAGAAAAAUCCGGUGUUGAACCCCCCUUCUCACAAUACACAACCCAUGGCUACCCCGGUCCAGCGUCAAUCAGACCCUCAAACGUCGUUCGGGGCGCGGACCGAAGGACCCCCUCCAGCUCUGAAUAUUUCACAACCCCCACAACAGGCACGACAGGCGAUUCAAUCGUUCAACCAACAAUCUUCGCCAGCCGCUCCACAGCAUGAACGUAGUUUCAGCCAGGGUCCGUCGAUGCAGCAAUUUGGAGUCAUGCAGGGCGGAGGACCAUCUCGUGGGCCAGGGAAUGGCGCUUCUUAUGGGUCUGGCUCGAUUGGCUCCAGCGGCCCUCCACAACUAUCAACACUUCCCUUCCAAAAUACGCAACCACAGCCAUCUCAACAAAGCUUUCAACAGCCUCUACAGGCGCUCCCAGCCCAGAACCCAUACUCGCAACCACCAUCAACCCUCAGUGUGGUCAAUCUCCCUCCACUGAAGCCGGUCUUCGGACUGAGCCUCGAGCAACUAUUUGAGAGAGACGGAUCGGCCGUACCUAUGGUUGUCUACCAAUGUAUCCAGGCUGUAGAUCUUUUCGGUUUGGAAGUUGAAGGGAUAUAUCGCUUGUCAGGGACGUCGUCGCAUGUGAACAAAAUCAAAGCUAUGUUUGAUAAUGACGCUUCAAAGGUGGACUUUCGUGACCCUGCAAAUUUUUUCCACGAUGUCAAUAGCGUUGCUGGCCUUCUGAAGCAGUUUUUCCGUGAUCUCCCUGAUCCUCUGCUAACGGCCGAGCAUUAUGCCGGGUUCAUCGAAGCAGCUAAAAAUGACGAUGACAUUGUUCGUCGGGACUCGCUGCACGCCAUAAUCAACAGCCUCCCAGAUCCAAAUUACGCAACCCUGAGGGCUUUGACACUUCACUUGAAUCGCGUACAGGAGAACUCACCCUCGAAUCGCAUGAAUGCUAGCAACCUGGCGAUCGUCUUUGGACCUACCCUCAUGGGUGCAAAUACUGGACCUAAUAUUCAAGACGCAGGUUGGCAGGUUCGUGUCAUUGACACGAUACUGCAGAACACUUAUCAGAUAUUCGAUGAUGACUGAUCUGCUAGGGGUCUGUGGGAAAGAGGGAAGAAACGAACAGUCAGCAUGGCAGCUAGUAAUGUACACUACUAUCAUCAGGUAUUGGAUUGGAAUGACCAAGAUCCUAAUCCUGAUAUAUCAUGGCAUAGUUCAAACACAGAUAUUCGACCUAGACAUGAUGUUUUGGUAGCCAGGCUAACGUGCUUGCGUCCCGAUGAUAUUCCAUCAACCGCUAUGGGACAGUUUAGCGUCGUUUGGGAUUCGCUUGAAAGAGAUGCCUUCUACGAAGUUGGAUAAUAAGAAGUAUAAAAUUAGAAAGAGUUUCUACUCCGAGAGACGUAUAAUAUUUCGAAGCAGCUGAGAUUUACUAUCAAG